UUAAAAUUAAAAAAGUACAGCACACCAAGCGAAGGAUGGCGCCACUGAGAACCAUCGUUCUGAAACAACAAUAAGAAAAAACAAACUUGGCUGUGGCCUCUCGGGAAUAAAGAUUUCAAUGACAACUAGUAUAGCUGCUGGAAGUGGCAAUCUUCCUUUUGGAGUGAUUGGCUACAAGGGUCAAGGUUGCAAACAAGCUUCUUUGAUUUCAAGUGUGACACUUAGUGGAUGUGUACAGAGAGAGCUUUCAUGGUCAUGUGCAGUAUCCAAAUUUUUGCUGUCCCAAAAGUGUAAUUUCAUUCAAUCUCCUGUGAGUGAGAGAUGGAAGUCCUUAAAAACAGUCUCUGUAUCAGCUUGCUUGAGAGAUGCAUCCACAAAGUAUUUUGAUUUUGCUGUCAUUGGAAGUGGAGUUGCUGGUCUUCGCUAUGCUCUUGAAGUUGCCAAACAGGGAUCUGUUGCUGUGAUUACAAAAGCAGAGCCUCAUGAAAGCAACACGAACUAUGCCCAAGGUGGUGUUAGUGCUGUGCUGUGCCCAUCAGAUUCUGUGGAGAGUCACAUGCAGGACACCAUUGUAGCAGGGGCUCAUCUAUGUGAUGAGGAGACUGUUAGAGUUGUCUGUACAGAAGGACCUGAUAGAAUAAGAGAAUUGAUUGCUAUGGGUGCAUCCUUUGAUCACAGGGAAGACGGAAACUUGCACUUGGCAAGGGAGGGGGGCCACUCCCAUCGCAGAAUUGUUCAUGCAGCUGAUAUGACUGGAAGAGAGAUUGAGCGGGCUCUACUAGAAGCAGUUAUUAAUGAUCCCAAUAUCUCUGUUUUUGAACACCACUUUGCGAUAGAUCUGCUAACUUCUCAGGAUGGUCCUAACACAGUUUGCCAUGGUGUUGACACUUUAAAUACUGAAACACAAGAGGUUAUACGAUUUAUUUCAAAGGUGACCUUACUAGCAUCAGGUGGGGCUGGGCAUAUCUAUCCGUCGACAACAAACCCUCCGGUGGCCACUGGAGAUGGAAUGGCUAUGGCCCACAGAGCUGAAGCGGUGAUUUCCAAUAUGGAGUUUGUUCAGUUCCACCCAACUGCCUUAGCUGAUGAAGGCCUUCCCAUCAAACCAACCAAAAGUCGAGAAAACGCAUUUCUGAUCACUGAAGCCGUCAGGGGUGAUGGAGGCAUUCUUUACAACUUGGGCAUGGAACGGUUCAUGCCCCUGUAUGAUGAAAGAGCUGAGCUUGCACCUAGGGAUGUGGUGGCAAGAGGCAUAGAUGACCAGCUUAAGCAGCUCAAUGAGAAGUAUGUGCUACUCGAUAUAAGUCACAAGCCCAGAGAGAAGAUCCUCUCACAUUUUCCCAACAUAGCUGCUGAAUGCCUCAAGUAUGGUCUAGACAUAACCCGCCAACCAAUCCCAGUGGUUCCUGCUGCACAUUACAUGUGUGGGGGAGUCCGAGCUGGGCUUCAAGGGGAGACAAACGUGCAGGGCCUGUAUGUGGCAGGUGAGGUUGCAUGCACAGGUUUGCACGGAGCCAACCGGCUAGCUAGCAAUUCAUUGUUAGAGGCAUUAGUUUUUGCACGAAGAGCUGUCCAGCCUUCAAUUGAUCACAUGAAGAGCUCUAGCCUUGAUCUCAGUUCUUCGAGUUCUUGGACCCAACCAGUUGUGGCAAAGUCACUUGGGAGUAAUAUAAUGCUCAAUAUUUUGAGGAAAACUAGGGAAGUGAGGAAAGAACUGCAGUCAAUCAUGUGGAAGUAUGUGGGAAUUGUUCGGUCUACAACGAGGCUAGACACUGCAGAGAAAAAAAUAGCUCAGUUGGAGGCUAAAUGGGAGACAUACUUGUUUGAGCAAGGGUGGGAGCAGACAAUGGUUGGCCUUGAGGCUUGUGAAAUGAGGAAUCUCUUUUGCUGUGCAAAGAUGGUAGUUAGCAGUGCACUCGCUAGGCAUGAAAGCCGUGGACUUCACUACACCACUGAUUUUCCACAUGUUGAGGAAAGUAAAAGGCUCCCGACGAUUAUUUUCCCUUCCCCUGUAAAUAGCACAUGGAGUUCAAGACAACUACACAAGCUGCCUGUGUGUUAGCAAGCAAGUGCAGGGUCUGUUUCUAAAUACAACCUGCAGAAACUUGUUCUUCACCGAGCACCUCCAUCAUUUUUUUAAUGAAAAACCUGCAAUGCAUACCUUUGGCAAGAACUGAAGUGCUCCUUGCAGCAUUUGGAGAAACUGAAUUAGGUUACUUGUUUUUGAAACAAUUUUUCUAUUUUUUCAUCUAAUUUUCUGUUAUAUCGAUUGUUGCUGAUUCGUAGUUUUGAAAGUAAAAGACAAAAAAAAAGAAAAAAAAAAAAAAGUGUUGAAGUCAAAAUCAAACGAUUUUGCCACCCUUCAA